ACCAAACCAUGCCCAACUUGCGCAGAGCUGUGCUGUGCAGCUGCCACGACCUUUCUUCCCGCGCUCCCGCUAUAUAAAACCAGAUGUCACGCCUCCCCCUCCCCCUCCACUUCCGCCCAUCCCCGCCACCAAAACUGCCUAGCACUUCGAUUCGUACCAACGAACAAAACUAACACUCCACAGCGGCACAGCGAAGGUUUGCUGCUGGUCGCUAGCUAGCUAGCUGCGCAGCCAUGCAGACGCAGCCUCGCUUCGCCGUGAGCGGCAGCAGCUCGGUCUCCGCGGACGAGCGCGAGGCGGUGGUCAUCAGGGAGCUGGCGCGCGGGCACGAGCUCACGGAGCAGCUGCGGGCGGAGGCCCUGAGCGCGCUGCGUGGGCAGGGGCAGGCCGAGGCCACCGCGGCACUAAUCCUGCAGGAGAUGUCCCGCGCCUUCACCGUCUGCCUCUCUAUCAUGAGCUCGCCCGACCGCGCCCCGCCGCCGGAAAUGCCGGAGCCGAGCGCGGGCCGGAACAGAGGCGACAGCAUCCCGAGAAAGGAGAAACUGACAUCCUCGCCGCACUUCGACGGGCACCAGUGGAGGAAGUACGGCCAGAAAAGGAUCACCAACACAAAUUUCCCUAGGUGCUACUACAAAUGCAUCUACCACCGGGAGCGCAACUGCCCGGUCACCAAGCAGGUGCAGCAGCGCAGCAACGGCGACCCGCCGAUGUACGCCGUCACCUACGUCAACGAGCACACGUGCGACACGCCGGCCUGGGAGCCAGAAGCGGUUGUGUACGGCGCGACGAACCCGCUGCUGGACUUGUCGUCCGGUCUGACGCGGCAGCCGGACGCCCGCGCCUUGCUGGACGAACGCGGCAUCAAGGAGGAGCACGAGCGCCAGGUGCUCGUGUCGUCGCUCGCGUGCGUGCUGGGGGGCCAGUCUCCUCCCGGCAGCAGCGGCGGCGGCGACGUCGCCCUCGUGCAGGAGCCGCAGGGGCGCACGCGCGACGCACCCGCUGUUUCGGUCGCUGGUGCACCUGAGCUGCCGCCGCUUGACGCUGACGACGGGCUCGAUGUCAUGGACUACGACGUGACGGGUGCGCUGUGUUUCGGCGAUUCCUACGGGCUACCAGUCCACGAUUUGCCGUUUUGAGGGCGGACCACAACUACGGUUCGUCGGAUGGGACUACGAAGUUCAAAUCAGGCGACAGUUUGUUCAGUCAAUCUGGGUUUACAAGAUCUACCAUGACCCACUGCACUCUGGUCAUAAAAAUAUAAUAUUAUAAAAAAAUUAAAAUAAAUCUAUACGUGUGAUUUUUUAUAUUUUUAAACUAAGUAUUUUAAAAGCUAUUGAUGUUUUAAGUUUUAAAAGUUUGAUCGGACUUUAAUCAAAAUAACAAGUAUUUAUAAUCAAAUAGAGUAUUUGAUAUAAAAUCAUAUAAUCAGUGCAAGAAUUAACUACUUGUACUAGCUUACAGCCUGUGUGCAUUACUCCAGCUUAGUUUUCGUCGGUUGGCGUGAUUAUUUGCGUGUGCGUUUGUAUUAACCAGCAUCUAGUAUUACAAAUGAUGAAAUUUGUUACGGGACAUUAAACUUUGCUACUAUUUGUCAUUUCACACCGAACUUUCGGUAUUUAGCUAUAAGAUAUUACAAAUUUGUGGCUCUUUGCCGUAUGAUAUUAUAACCAUUAGAAUAGUAUUUUCUUGGAUUUCAUGUGAGAGUGUUGAUGAAAAGACCAUUUUGUCCUUCGGGUAUGUAGCAACCGUUUUGGCUUGAAAAAAAUGGAAAAAGAAAUUCUCGAA